AUGUGUAAUUUAUUUAAUUUGAGUGGAAAAGUGGGACUGCUGAAAAAUGGAUUUUUCCGGAAGUGCCCAAUGGUUUAUUCCGCCCGGAAUUUCACAGUCAAGUCCAAGCAUUAUGGCACGAACGUCGAUAAGCGGACGCUGGCUGCGGAACGCAAGCAGAGGACAUUCUCUGAUAGAUCACAGUUGAAAUACGCCAGAAGACUAGUUGUAAAGCUGGGUAGCGCCGUUAUUACUAGAGAAGAUGGCAAUGGACUGGCGUUAGGGCGACUUGCAUCUAUCAUUGAGCAGGUUGCAGAAUGCCACCACGAAGGACGCGAGUGUAUCAUGGUGACCAGCGGAGCAGUGGCGUUCGGAAGGCAGAAGCUCACCCAGGAGCUGCUCAUGUCCUUGUCUAUGAGAGAGACGCUAUCACCCAGCGACCACACAAGAGAGGACGCGGGCAGCAUCCUCGACCCCCGGGCGGCAGCGGCAGUCGGUCAAUCCGAGCUGAUGGCAAUGUACGACGCUAUGUUUUCACAAUACAACGUCAAAAUCGCACAGGUUUUAGUAACAAAGCCAGACUUCUACAACGAGGAAACAAGAAAGAAUUUGUUUUGCACGCUCUCCGAGCUGAUAUCCCUGAACAUCGUGCCCAUAGUGAACACGAACGACGCAGUCAGCCCGCCCAUGUAUAUCCAUGACGACACAGUUGUGCCAGGAACCGGUAAGAAGGGUAUUGGUAUAAAAGACAACGACAGUCUGUCAGCUCUGUUAGCCGCCGAAAUCCAGUCGGAUCUCUUAAUCAUGAUGUCGGAUGUGGACGGCAUCUACAACAAGCCGCCCUGGGAGGACGGAGCGCGUAUGAUGCAUACGUACACGUCGAAGGAGAAAGGACAGGUGCAGUUUGGACAGAAAUCAAAGGUCGGUACAGGAGGUAUGGAUUCCAAAGUCAAUGCCGCUACAUGGGCCAUGGCUCGAGGAGUCAGCGUUGUAAUAUGUAACGGUAUGCAAGAGAAAGCAAUAAAAACGAUUAUCAGUGGACGAAAAGUUGGUACCUUCUUCACAGAUUGCCCUAGCAACGCGACCACCUCUGUUGAUGUUAUUGCCGAGAAUGCUCGCUCCGGUAGUAGGGUAUUGCAAAAACUAACCCCCAGUGAAAGAGCAUCAGCCAUUCAUUCGUUGGCUGAUCUGCUAUUAGAGAAAAAAGAUCUAAUCUUGGAAGCAAACGCAAAGGAUUUAGAAGAAGCGACAAAAGGUGGUCUUGAAAAGCCACUAUUAAACAGACUUUCUCUCAGCGCAGGAAAGUUAAAAACUUUGUCCAUCGGUUUGAAACAAAUAGCUGAUUCUAGUUAUGACAACGUGGGGAGGCUUUUGCGAAAAACGAAACUCGCGGAUAACUUAAUGCUGAGGCAAGUGACGGUUCCAAUUGGUGUAUUGCUCGUUAUUUUUGAAUCGAGACCAGAUUCGUUGCCGCAAGUAGCCGCUUUAGCUAUAGCUUCGGCUAACGGCCUUCUUCUAAAAGGUGGAAAGGAAGCAGCCUAUUCAAACAAGGCACUAAUGGAACUUGUGAAGGAAUCGCUACAAUCAGUUGGUGCACAGGACGCUAUAUCCUUAGUUUCUACAAGAGAAGAAAUUAGCGAUUUACUAGCUAUGGAAAAACAUAUCGACCUAAUAAUCCCUCGAGGAUCAUCCGAUUUAGUAAGAAGUAUUCAGAAGCAAUCUCAGCAUAUACCUGUUUUGGGACACGCUGAAGGUAUUUGUCAUGUGUAUUUGGACAAGGAUGCGGAUCAGGCCAAAGCAUUGAAAAUAGUAAGAGAUGCCAAAUGUGACUAUCCCGCAGCCUGUAACGCUAUGGAAACAUUACUAUUACACGAAGACCAUUUGAAUGGUGCUCUUUUUACCGAAAUUUGUAAUAUGCUCAAGCAGGAGGGUGUAAAGAUACACGCUGGUCCAAAGCUUUCUACUCACUUAACGUUUGGCCCACCGCCCGCAAAAACUAUGAAACACGAAUACGGUUCGCUGGAAUGCUGUAUAGAAAUUGUAAGUGAUAUGGAUGCAGCGAUAGAACAUAUUCAUAAGUUCGGAAGCUCACACACAGAUGUCAUCGUCACUGAGAAUGAUCAGACAGCGAAGCAGUUUUUGAGCUCAGUCGAUAGUGCAUGCGUAUUUCAUAACGUUUCUUCUCGCUUCGCUGAUGGUUUCCGCUUCGGCCUUGGUGCGGAAGUUGGAAUAUCUACAGCUAGAAUUCACGCAAGAGGACCAGUCGGUGUUGAAGGACUUUUAACAACGAAAUGGAUUCUCGAGGGGACGGAUCAUACCGCCGCCGAGUUCAACGAGGGAAAACGUAGCUGGGUGCACGAAAAUUUACCCCUUAAUUGACUUAGGGGUAAAAUUUUCUGCAGAACUCAAAACUUUUUAAUGUCGAAGUUUGGAAAAGUUUUGUUCGAAAUGAAAUUUAAGCGUUAAUGAACUCUAAUCGAAUGAAAAUACGCUUUGAUAAAAUAUAAUGGGAUGAUAUUAUUAUAGAGAAACAAAACAAAACAUACAUAUACCAUUAGGCUAAACAGCAUUAAAUUAUGUUUACGAAAAAGAAAUAAAGCGGCUGAUUUUAAAUACUGAAUGUGCAAUUUUUUUUAUCAAAUAAGCGACUAUAAAUUUGUGAGAAAUACUUGCGGAAGUCUAGGGAAGGUUUAAACGGUGAGAAAAAUACUAAAACGACAGUAAUAUACAUAAUUCUUGUAUGUGUGUUUGUCGCCCAUUUCCACAGCUGAACUGAUUAAGAUGAAAUUUUGUGUUUGUUUUUCAAUAAGUUCCUGGAUGUUUUUAAAACAAAAUUGGACCCGGUAGGUGGCGCUGCUUUACCGGGCAAGAAGACGUCAGCCGUGUCCCCUAGUUGCAAAUAAAAAUGUUGUAAAUAAAGUCCAAGAACGAAGCAUAAUUUUGUUUUUAUCGCCAUCGGUAAUAGAAUAAGAAUUAAGUAUAAUAAUAAAAUCACCUUUUAUAAUAAUGAAUUAGAUUUUAUGGGUUCUUGUACCAAUGUGGCAUAAAUUAUCUUUUUAAAAAGAUUAAGUCCAUUUUACAAAUGGUUCGAAACCAACUUAAAUGUUUCAAAAUUUAAAUUACGUAAUACGAAAGGGCAUUUUUUAAACGUUGAUUUUGACGUAAUUUAAAACCAAAAUUGUGUAAAAAGGUACAAGUCACAGAAAGUAAAGCGUCAAAAACAAGAGAUUAUGGACAUUGCGAUAAAAUUAUAAUAAAUUAUUUACCUUACUAUAAUUUGCUAUAAUUAUGCUUGGUACAUUUAU